AUGGGCUUUUUUGAUCUUCCGAACGACUUGAUUCUACUCCUGACCGCCCACCUUGAACAUACGGAUGAGAUUAACGCCCUAUGCUGCACCAACCGGUGGCUGCAUGAAUUAUUGAACCCUGUUCUAUACAAGUGUAGCACCACCAGUCGGAACGGGGGCUACACACUUGAAUGGGCUGCCAGAAGCGGAGAAUUGUCGACCGCUCGACUCAUCCUGCUAGCCGGUGUGCCACCAAACGCCUGUGGAGGCGAGCAAUGGCAACCUCUCGCUUUAGCCGCUAUUCACGGGCACAUAGAAAUAAUCAGACUGCUACUUGAUCACGGCGUCGAUCCAUGCUCCAUCAACAACAAUUGGACCAACCAGAAUUGGAAGCGACCCCAAUUCCACCCUGGUCAAAGUGCCGAGGAAGAACAUUUCAAAAAAGGCUUCCAGAAAGAAGGACACCCACUAUCUCUAGCAGCGUCCGCGGGCCAAUUAUCCGUCAUCAAAUUACUUCUUCAAUAUGGUGUGCCUCCAGACCUUCGCUCAAUUGGUGACGAGAAGCACAUAGCUCUCCAUCUCGCUGCCAGGAAGGGCCAUAUCGAUAUUGUCCGCAUCUUAGCCGACGUAGGAAGCUCGAUCGAUGCACUGACAGGGAGUGGCUUCACACCUCUCGCACUUGCAGCAAAUAAAGGUUAUCUUGAUAUUGUUCGGUUUCUGCUCGAACACGGAGCAGAUCCUAAUAUUCCUAGCUCAAACGGGAGCACAUUGCUCAGCCAAGCUUCUAUUUCUGGGAAUAUCAGCAUUGUGCGAUGUCUAUUGGACCACGGGGCGACUCUCACCCCAUCCUAUCCAAAUACCCAGGAACCAAUCUACCCGGUAUGCUAUGCAGCGGAGAGAGGAUAUGAUGAGAUUGUCGAUCUUCUCCUCAGCAAAUAUGACUACAUUCAAUCAUCUACUAAGGCCUAUCAACGGGUCAUUUUGCUUUGUGUUGCCGCAAUGACUGGCCGCACCGCCCUUCUCACUGAUCUCCUACAACAACAUCACUACGAUCCCAAUGUCGGCCUAGAUCCCCGUCUACAACAGGCUGUCUUUUGUUCCUACUCCACUCCAGCUUUCCCUCACAGACGCCCACAAGCAGCCAUCUCCUGGGCUGCGGCAUAUAAUCAAGUCGCAGCAAUCGAAAUCCUAAUAUCCAAUGGUGCAAGCAUCACCCCGCCAAACGGAGACUUUCCUCUCAUCUGCGCAAUACAAAGAGGUCACAAAGAUGCUAUUAGGACGCUUCUUGCCCACGGCGUAAACCCUAACGAUCCUCCCGGCGAAGCCCUCAACCAAGCUGUCCCCAAUCCGGAUAUUUUCUUCCUGCUCCUCUCCUAUAAUGCAGACCCGACCAAUUCACUCCCAAACAUCAGAAUGCCCUGGAACAUUGUCCUUUCCGGUCAAGUGGAUACCCUCCGUAUCCUUCUAGACCAUCCUAAAGGCCCCGGAGUAGUCGCCAACCCAAUAUCGGAGUCAAGUUGUCCCGAAGGAAGCUUGACACCACUCUUCCAGCGUGCACUCCGCGGCGGCGAGCAGAUCUUCCGUGUCCUCCUUGACCGAGGCUUACUAGUCAAACCAAAAGAACCAUCCGGCUCGAGCGCUAGGUCUGCUCUCACCGAAGCGAUACGCGGCGGGACCUCAUUUGCACGUCUACUUCUUGAUAUGGGAUUUGAUGCUACUGCAGAUAAGAUGGGCUUUGUCUACCACUGCGCGAGCAACCACAAAGAUCCUGAUUGUUUGCUCGACCUAUUCUUGCAGAAUGGGUGUAGCAUUGAUGAUAUGGAUGCGAGGGGCCGCACCGCCUUUUUUGCUGCUGCACAAGUAGGGAAUGUUGUUUGCUGGGGUGAGACGCCAUUAUCCGUGGCGGCAAAGGGGAACCAUUUCGACGCCGUCAAGGUGAUUUUGCAGGCAUUUGAUGAGCUAGAUUUGCUUUUGGAUGAAGUUGAAGGGAUGUUAAAUAAAGCAGAGUAUGCAUUAAAGGCUAGCCAGGCGGAUAUUCUCAAGGCGCUUCGUCGGUUUCGUUGCCGUCGCUUGUAUCCAGUGCGUGCUUAA